UAUUUGACAGGCUACAGCGAUACGAGCUCGCACUCCAGCUCAGCGUUCGGUUCAGCACAGACGCUCAUCGCCUCUCUCAGUCCAGUGUUUGGUGCGACCACCCAUACACUAACGCAGCCAUGGAUGCCAUUAAGAAGAAGAUGCAGAUGCUCAAGCUCGACAAGGAGAAUGCCUUGGACAGAGCAGAGCAGGCUGAGGCCGAUAAGAAGGGAGCAGAGGACAGAAGCAAACAGCUUGAGGAUGACCUGGUAGCCCUGCAGAAGAAACUGAAGGCAACUGAGGAUGAGUUGGACAAAUACUCCGAGGCCCUUAAGGAUGCUCAGGAGAAACUGGAGCUGGCUGAGAAGAAAGCUGCCGAUGCUGAGGGCGACGUCGCUUCCCUGAACAGACGUAUCCAGCUGGUUGAGGAGGAGUUGGAUCGCGCUCAGGAGCGUCUGGCCACUGCUCUGCAGAAGCUGGAGGAGGCUGAGAAGGCUGCUGAUGAGAGUGAGAGAGGCAUGAAGGUCAUUGAGAACAGGGCCCUGAAGGAUGAGGAGAAGAUGGAGCUGCAGGAGAUCCAGUUGAAGGAGGCCAAGCACAUUGCUGAGGAGGCUGAUCGCAAGUACGAGGAGGUGGCCCGUAAGCUGGUGAUUGUUGAGGGUGAGCUGGAGCGUACUGAGGAGCGUGCUGAGCUCAAUGAGGGUAAGUGCUCUGAGCUGGAGGAGGAGUUGAAAACUGUGACCAACAACAUGAAGUCUCUGGAGGCUCAGGCUGAGAAGUACUCCGCUAAGGAGGACAAAUAUGAGGAGGAGAUCAAGGUCUUGACUGACAAGCUGAAGGAGGCUGAGACUCGUGCUGAGUUUGCUGAGAGAUCAGUCGCCAAGCUUGAGAAGACCAUUGAUGAUCUGGAGGACCCCCUAUAUCAACAGCUCCAGAAAAACCGGGUCCUUUCACAUGAGCUCAGUUUAGCACUUAAUGAAUUCUAACCUGACUAUAUAAGAAAAAACAGGAUGUACACUAAAUAUUACAUUCUGUCUAUUGUUUGUGGUGCACAUAGAGUAACCUAUAAUCUGUGAUGACAGAUAAUCUAUAAUUUCAUUAUUCUGAUAUUGUUGAUACUGAAGAUCUUGUUCUUUUAUGUCAGGGCUAAAGUUAAAUAUAAAAUUUAUAGAUUUACUGUGUGCGGGUUGCAUGCACAAAACCUAAAGCUUAAAUAAAAAAAAAAUAAAAAAAAAAAAAUCAUGGCAAACUGUUUCCAUUAAAUAAUGAACAGCCUUGACCUUUCAAUGUAUUUUAUGUAGAGGGAAAAGUUUACAUAGAAAGGUGUAAGUGCCUUCUGCAUUAUAUAACUCACUUUGCAUCAUUACCAAAGGUGUGUAGUGUUGUAAGAGUAGAGUAUUUAUAGGCUAUAUGUCAGAAGUACUUCUAAAAUCAGAAAAUACUACUAGAGCAAGUAAUUUAAUAAGACACUUGUAAAACUAUCAAUCCAUGGUUAUCGCAUGUAACAUGCAUAAAUGCAAUGCACAACCCUCAGGUACACAAAUAUAAAUGUUUACAUUUUUUUUUGCAACUGCCAAAAUUAUCAUUAUACCUGAAUAAAGUAAUUGAAUCUCAAAA